AUGCCGUACGACAGCGCCAUCACCGUCUUCUCCCCGGACGGACACCUGUUCCAGGUCGAGUACGCGAUGGAGGCGGUGCGCAAAGGCACGCUCGCCGUAGGCGUUAGGGGGAAAGAUUGCGUCGUCCUGGGCGUGGAACGUAAGGCGGUGCCGAAGUUGCAGGAUACGAGAACGAUUCGGAAGAUUCAGAUGCUGGACGAUCACGUGGCGGUGGCGUUCGCGGGACUCACGGCGGACGCGCGGAUCUUGAUUAAUCGGGCUAGGACGGAGUGUCAGAGUCACAGGUUGACGCUCGAGGAUGCGGCGUCGGUGGAGUACAUCGCGCGAUACGUAGGAGGGGUGCAACAGAAGUACACGCAGAGCGGUGGCGUGCGACCAUUUGGGCUGAGCACGCUCAUUUCCGGCUUCUCGCCUGAGGGUAAGCCUCAGUUGUUUCACACCGACCCGAGCGGAACCUACAGUCAAUGGAAAGCGAAUGCGAUCGGUCGCAACGCCAAAUCCGUGAGAGAGUGGUUGGAGAAGCAUUACGACGAGUUUAGCGGCGAGGACGCCAUCAAGUUCACACUCAAGGCGCUCCUCGAGGUUGUUGAGCCGGGCUCAAAGAACAUAGAGUUGGCCGUCAUGCGCACGCCGACGAGUGGUUUAGAGAUGCUGAGCGCGGAAACUAUCGAUACAAUGGUGAAGGCGAUCGAGGACGAAAAGGCGGAGCUCGACAAGGCGAAGAAAGAGAAAGCUCGUGCUGCGGCUGAAGCCGCCGCCGCCGCUUCAACGCAACAGUGA